AUGAUUCUGGGCAGUCCUCGAAUCGCAAAACUACCGGUAGAAGUUGCUCGAAAGCUACAGAUUCGGAAGCUACAGAUUCUACGAUGUCUCUACUUUAGAGAUGACGAGAAAGCAGUGGAGAUCCAGUAUAAACUGAAGCGGGAGGAAGGGUUUAUGAAGGUCGCUGAAGGGAGGGUGUCCAGUUAUCUAGUAACCGCAGCGCAGAGGAAUAAUUACGGGGUUCUCUUUUUCAGAUCUGGAGGGCCCACGUAUCAAGAGGCGGCGGAUGUUAGAAAACAAGCUGGCUAUAAAUUCUCUCUCAUGGGAUUGGAAUUUUGGUCCUACUUGGAGCACCGAGGAUAA